AUGUUGAGCCGCAAAUGGGGUCAAAUAACUAAGCGGUGCAACAAAUUCAACGGUAUUUACAACCGGCUUCAUGCGCAACAGCAAAGCGGAACCAAUGACUUUGAUUUGUUCAAAUCUGCUAAGGAACAAUAUCGGGUCGGAAUGGGACAUGUUUUCAACUUUGAAAAAUCAUGGGAGUUGCUGCGAGCGAAUCCAAGGUGGAAUAAAAUGCCUACAUCAUCAGAGGUUCAAUCUAAAAGGUCUCGCAAUUCGAGCUCGGUUGACGUGUCGGACGCACGGACUCACAUCAACCUAAACGCCGACAUCGAUGAGAUCCCGGAUGAUAUCGAGGAGAUAUCCCCACCACGACGACCGCCCGGACGCGACAAAGCGAGGCGCGCUGCAAGGCAUGCGGAGGAGGUUGAGGCGAAAGCAAAAGAUGCAGCGGAAAUGAGAACGAAAUUCGACGAGCGCAAUUUAUUAAUAAAAGAAAAAAAUAAGUUGAAACGUCGUCAUUUAGAGUUUCUAGAAAGGCAGACACGGGAGAAGCAGACGCAAAAAGAGAGAGAAUUAAUGACACAUCAGUUGUCAAUUCUUCGGACGAGCGAGGAGGGUUUGACACCUGCUGAUCUAGAGGUGCUACAAGCGAUGAAUGAACAAAUUAGGAAGCAAUAUUUGAGUUAA